GUUGCCAGGCAGAGCAGCCAGCACUCCGAGCGCCCAAGGCCCGGCUGCCGGCUGGCUGACCACACAGGCGCGGCCACACUCCCCACUCAGGUUUCAUGGAUUCCCCGUCUCACUGCGUGGUAGUGACCGGUUUUGGGCCCUUCCGGCAGCACCUUGUGAAUUCCAGCUGGGAAGCAGUGAAGGAACUCUCCAAGCUGGGCCUGGGGAGUGACGCUGAGGUGGAGCUGAAAAUUCUUCAGCUGCCCGUGGAUUACAGGGAGGUGAAACAGAGGGUCACCAGAAUCUGGGAAGAUCUUCAGCCACAACUCACUGUGCACAUAGGCAUGGAUGCCUCCGCCAAGGCCAUCUUUCUGGAACAAUGCGGCAAGAACCGGGGUUAUCGGGAUGCGGACAUCCGGGGCUUCCGGCCGGAGGGCGGCGCAUGCCUUCCGGAUGGCCCGGAAGUGAUCACGUCGGAGGUCAGCAUGAAGGCGGUCUGCAGGCGGGUGAAUGUGGAGGGCACCGAGGUGACCUUUUCCCGAGACGCAGGCAGAUAUGUCUGUGAUUACACCUACUACCUGUCUUUGCAUCACGGAAAUGGGUGCGCAGCGCUCAUCCACAUCCCUGCGUUAUCGCGUUGGCUCCCCGCCAGCCUGCUAGGAAAAGCCCUGCAGGUCAUCAUUCGAGAAAUGCUGGUGGAAGGGAGGCAGCCCAAGCUGAAAGCCUGGAUCACAGAACACUCAGCCCCAGUGCUUCCAGUCAAGAGGAACCACAUAGGGGGUUGCUCCUUUAGAGAAAAUUACAUGUUUCAAUUUUGUGUGCAGAGUUCAACUGUGCUUUGGAAGACUUUAAAAAUUGCUUAUAAAUCAGUUUACACAAAGGGGAAAAAUUCUGAAUUAGCCCAACGAAAUCUCAAAGGGUUUUUUAUUGUCAGCAAAAAGAGGAAUGCUCUGAAAGGCAGACAUUUCACAAGGGAUUAACUAGCUUCGGUUAUGGUUUUCAUGACAAUAAAAUGAAAUCACAGUAAAUUUUUUUUUUCUUCUCUUAAAAGACUUUCAGUGGGCCUGUGUGAGCCUGCCCAGACUUCUGGGACCACAGACCUGUCCUGCAGAGCCCAUGUGACCAGCUGGCCACGGGGAACACAGGCGCAGCUGCUACUGGGGUACUUGACUUCUGGCCUCCCAGCCUGCGCAGCCUGGUGCUGUGGGCCCUUCUGAGCCACUGAGUCUCUAAUGUUUGGGUUUUCUUUUUCUACUUAAAAAAAAAUUAUGCUCAGUACCCAUAAAACUUAGCAUUUAAACCAUUUUCAAAUGUUCAGUGGUGUUACGGACAUUCACUUGUGCAACCAUCACCACCACGCAUCUCUAGGACUUUCUCAUCAUCCCAAAGGGAAACAACCCAUUCAGCAGUAACUCCUCCUCCCCGCUCCCCCCAGCCCUUGGCAACUGUUAUUCUGCCCUCCGUCUCUGAAUGUGACUGUUCUUGGGACCUCAUAUAAGUGGAAUCAUAAUACAUAUAUCUAUUUGUGACUGAUUUCACUCAGCAUAAUGUCCUCAGAGUUCAUCCAUGUAUCAUGCAUCAAAUUUUCCUUCCUUUGAAAGGCCGAAUAAUAUUCCAUUGCAUGUAUAACCACCUUGUGUUUAUCCAUCUUCUGAUGGACACUGGGUUGCUUCCGCCUUUUGGUUAUUGUGAACAGACCUCCUGUGAACACCAGUGUGCAGCUAUCUGUUAGAUUCCAUUUCAGUUCUGUGUAUAUACUAUAAAUGGAGUUGCUGGAUCAUAGGUAACUGUUUUUUUGAGGAACUGCCAUGCUGUUUUCCCUAGAAGCUGUACCAUUUUAAUUCCUACUAGUAGCAUUUGUCUUAAAGCAAAGGCUGAUGGCCACUUUAGCUUCUCUGCCAUGGUCAGUAUGACCCCUGGUUUUUUCUAAACAGACCCUCCCCCUUUCAUCUUUCAUUUUGCCUUUAUGACAUUGACUGGGUCUUGUAUCCAGCGGCUUACAGCAAGGUUUUAUGUGGCCAGUGUUUUCUAGGGACAAAUACCCAUUGGGAGGCCCAUUAGCAACAUUGUUUUUUGGAGGAAGGGGUUGAAGAUGGCUAUGCUCUGGGAAAUUUCUUGCUAUAUUUUUGUGGCACAUAGCUCAUUUUUCACUUAAUUAUGUUUAAAAAAUCAUCUUCACUUAAUGCGUAGAUUCAUUCACCAUAAGAAAAAGCAUUUGCAACUUAAUAACAAAGGACCUGCACAGGCCUUGUUUCACUGUUAGUGCUUGCAUACUUGUGUGUUUGGAAUAGACUGUACAGGACCCUCUGCAAAUGAAACCAAUUGGUUUGAUAUGAAACAGAUAAAAGUCACACUAUAGCAGAACAAAGCCUGCAAGCUGGGUGGGAUGCUUUAGGCAGCAUGCAUAGGUCCAGGUGUGGGGCUGUUAAUGUCCAGAUCCUUCUGUACUUGUAGGCAGACACCUGUUCCCUGAACACUGCUCCCAUUACAGCAGCUCCUGUCUUAGGCUGGUGGUAAGCAGCAGGCCUGUGGGACCCUGCUUCACUGUUAGACUGCUUGGUGCCAAGCUUUACAUAUCUUACAAAUUUUUAGAUGUCACCCAGUUGGGAGGACCCUAGAGCUCCCUCCUGUUGAAUGUCCCCAUCUUCUGCCCCUCUAUUACCUCUCAAAUUUUUUAGGGAGAACUGUAAAAGGCCUAGUCAUAUCCUGGUCUAAGUGGCCUGCUAGCUCCUGUUGAUACACACCGGGGCCAGCUUAGUCAUGGCUGGUAUGUGGCAGUUCUGAGUCAGUUUGAAAGCUGACACUGCUUAAAAAGGCUGGGCACUGGGCUGGUCAUUUAACAGCUGGGGGUCUUAGGCAUGUCCUCCUGCUUGCUCAUCUGUAAAAGAGUAAUCCUUUUGUAGAGCCGUGAGCACGCAAGAGAAUGGAUGUGCGAGUCCAUCAGUGAUGCGUGCACACUGUGAAAACACACACCUUAUUGAGCUUAGGCUCAUUGCUGGACCUGUGAGGAUACACACAGAAAGAGCUCUGCCGGCUCUGUGGUCUUAAGAAGUUGCUCAGUACAGAGGGGGUCUCACACUGCUGAAGACCCAGCACCUUCAUCCUGAGAACCUGUUGCUUCCUCAGGCUGAGGACAAGUGAAUGCACUGUGGCAACCUGGACAUGUGGCAUCAACCCACCCAGGAAUGUGGGGGAGCCCGUGCCCACCCCACCAGCAGCCCAGACACUCGUCCAAGCCUUGGGGAUGAGCCUGCCUUUAUCAUCAGUCACCUAAUGACAGCCACUCUGUGACAACAGUGAGCAGAACCCUGGGGCAACCCCAAGCUUGGGAGAGCCCCCCUUUUAGAGAGACCAUCUGUGUUCAUACUUGUGAGAGUGCCCAGAUCUUAAAUAUCCAUGGCCUUCGAUUAACUUCUGCCCACACCUUGCUAUUCAUCCCUUUAUGCAUCGGCCUUUGUUAAUGGAGUAGAAUCCCCCACGAGGAGCAUUGAGUGAGAUGAUCAGCUUGUCCUCUUGAUGUCCAUACAUUUCUGGUCUGAUUCUAGCACAUUUCUAGCUUGUUUCCUUUGAACACAGAUUCACAUUUCCUACCAAACCCAUCUCACCUGGCAAAUAUGAUGCCUGGACUGUAGAGUCCUUGGGGCAGGCCAAGACCAUCAGCUAGAAAGUGACUAAUGGUUUUGAGUGCCUCCAGUGAGCCCGCAUUCUGUGCUUGCU